CUGGACUCUGCCGGGUUUGAUUUUGCAAAGGAGAGACUCCCUUGGGUCACUUAGACUCUGGAGCCUUUUUUGUAUUUGAUGUCUGAAUGAGCGGACUCCACUCUGAUGUAGCAAAGCUGUUCUUUAUGAUAUGAUUGCUUUGUCGAUUUAUUUGUUGUGUCGUUGGGAUGACUGGAGGCUCCAAAUGUGGCUCUGAUCCUGAAGGCAGAGGAAGCCCUUUUGCUAAAGGGAGUCUCUGUGCUUUACGACGUGGUGAUGUAACUAUUUUAAAAAUAUUUCCUUAAGUGGAAAACAUAAUAGAAGAUACAAGGAUGGCAGUGACCGACAAGGGGAGAAAAAGACUGCACAGAGAGGAGAAAAAGAAAAAGCAAAGAAAAAAAAAAGAAAAAUGGAGAAGAGAAAGGAAAAAGGACAAAGAAGAAGUGGAAUAAAAGAAGCAAUGGAAGGAAUUGUUGCAAGAAAGAAGAAUGAGAACUUUUUCCAAAGGACAUGUUCAUUGAGAGUAUUAUAUAAAUAUUUAAAGGAAUAUUAGUCAAGGAAAUAGAAGGACAUAAGAAAAGAAAAUGAGAAGGACGAGGUAAAAAUAUGACAGUUAAGAGCAUGAAAACGACAUAGGGAAAGAGAACCAGGAAAUAGAAGGGAAACAGAAAAAAAGAAGAGAAACAAUCGCAUAAAAAAAGGAAGAAGAAAACGAUAUAUCAAGGAAGGCGACUAUACAAGCAGAAAGUAACACAGAAAGGGAGCAAGGAAGUAACAAAGAAAGAAUAGAGUGGAAGAAAAAAGCAGGAAGAUACAGGACCUGAGCAUCAGACACCGACCUUACGUUUGCACACUGAGCAGAGUUGGUCCCUACCAACGUUUCUCCCUGUUGGAGCACCACACCCCGGUACUGAUAUACCAUAAUGAUCACUGAUAUGCCAUAAUUAUCGCUGAUAUACCAUAAUUAUCGCUGAUAUACCAUAAUUAUCGCUGAUAUACCAUAAUUAUCGCUGAUAUACCAUAAUUAUCGCUGAUAUACCAUAAUUAUUACUGAUAUACUUUAAUUAGUGCUGAUAUACGUUAAUUAGCGCUGAGAGCUCCGACUUUGAUGGUCUCCAGCUCGGCGCAGGAGGCAAUUGGCGAAUUACCGGCCGGGGUAGAGAAGAGCAGAUAUUGGAAAGGAAGGGAAAAUGGCUUAAAGAUUAGGAAAGGGCAAUAAAUCAAAAAGAUAGUGAUCACGAAACGCAACAACAGAAAAGAACAGGAAAACGAUGAAGGAAAGGGUACGAAAGAGACGGGAAAGGAACACCAUUGAACAACAGAUAAAAAAUGGAAGGAAAAAAGAAAUGAGAAGAGGAAGGAAAGAAAAGAAACCUAUGCAAGCAAAUAGCAAGCACGAAAAGAAAUAAAAAUAAGAAGAGCCGAGGAACAGACAGCAGAGGGCAUGGCAGUGACGGGUUGGAGACACAGGGGCUGUCUUGAGCGUGUGGGGCGGCGGAGCAGCGCACGGUGUCGCUGCAGGCUCAGGAACGGCGUGCGGGCGGCUCCGCCCCGGUGCGGCGGAGAGCCCGGCUGUGAGCGCGGGGGGGCGGCGCGGGCCGGGCAGCAGAGCCGCUGCGUGCGGGCGGCGGCGGGAGCCGUGCGGGGCCCGUGCCGGGGCCGGCACCAACGGCGGCCACAGCGGCCACAGCGGCGGCGGCGGCAGCGAUGGGCUCGCGUUGGUGUGCGGCGCUGCUGCGGGUGCUGGUGCUGCAGGCGGCCUGGGCGCUGGCGGGCGGGCAGGUGCGGUACUCGGUGGCGGAGGAAGCCAAGGCCGGCACGGUGGUGGGCCGUCUUUCGCAGGACCUGGGGCUGGAGGCGGGCGAGGCGGAGGCGCGGCGGCUGCGGCUGGUGGCGCAGGGCCGGCGGGCGAGCGUGGAGCUGAGCGGGGCGAGCGGCGCGCUGCUGGUGAGCUCGCGGCUCGACCGGGAGGAGCUGUGCGGCAAGAGCGCGCCGUGCGCGCUGCGCCUGGAGGUGCUGCUGGAGCGGCCGCUGCGCGUCUUCCAUGUGGAGCUGGAGGUCACCGACAUCAACGACAAUGCCCCCAUCUUCCCCGCCGCACGAAAAAACCUCAGCAUCGCGGAAUUCACCACCCUGCCGGGGUCUCGUUUCCCGCUGGAGGGCGCAUCGGAUGCGGAUAUCGGAGCGAACGCGCAGCUCUCCUACACACUCAGCCCCAGCGAGCAUUUCGCGCUGGAUUUGCACCGCAGUGAGGAAUACCGAGAAUCCCUGUUUCUGGUACUUACGAAAUCUCUGGACCGCGAGACGACUCCCGUGCACCGGUUGGUGCUGACGGCGAGUGACGGGGGCCGGCCGUCCCUGACGGGCACCAUGGAGCUGGAGAUCUCUGUUUUGGAUGCAAACGACAAUCCGCCCCAAUUCAACCAGUCCGUGUAUAAAGUGCAGCUGCCGGAGAACGCUACAGAAGGGACGUUUGUGGCGAGGGUGAAUGCGACGGAUCCGGAUUUGGGAAGUAAUAGCGAAGUGACAUAUAGUGUGAGCAGUACUUUUCCUGAAAAGGGGAUAAACAUUUUUCUUUUAAAUGCGAGGACGGGUGAAAUUCAUCUAGCAGGCACCGUGGACUAUGAGGACAUUCGUUCGUAUGAGAUACAAAUCGAAGCAACAGAUAAAGGGACGCCCUCGCUAUUGGGUCACUGCAAGGUGGUGGUGGAGGUUCUGGACGUGAACGACAACGCGCCCGAGGUGCGGGUGACGUCGCUGUCGGUGCCGGUGGCGGAGGACGCGGCGGUGGGGACGGUGGUGGCGGUGCUGAGCGUGUCGGACCGGGACUCGGGGGCGAACGGGCGCGUGCGGUGCUGGGUGUGGCCGGCGUCGCCGUUCGGUGUGGAGGCGACGUUCUCGGGCUCGUACUCGCUGGUGCUGCGCGAGGCGCUGGACCGGGAGCGGGUGUCGGAGUACGAGGUGGAGGUGCGUGCGGAGGACGGCGGGGCGCCGGCGCUGCGCGCCAGCCGCGGGCUGCGGGUGCCCGUGUCGGACGUGAACGACAACGCGCCGGCGUUCGCGCAGGCCGUGUACACGGUGCUGGCGCGGGAGAACAACGCGGCGGGCGCCGAGCUGGCGCGGCUGUGGGCGCGGGACCCGGACGAGGCGGGCAACGGGCGCGUCAGCUACUCGCUGUGGGAGGGCGGCGCGGGCGCGCUGUCGUCGCCGUCGUCGUGGUCGGGGGCGGCGGGCGGCGGGUGGCGGCCGGCGUCGAGCUACGUGUCGGUGGACGCGGAGAGCGGGCGCGUGUGGGCGCUGCAGCCCUUGGACUACGAGGAGCUGCAGGUGCUGCAGUUCGAGGUGCGCGCGGUGGACGCGGGCGAGCCGCCGCUGAGCGGCAACGCCACGGUGCAGCUGUUCGUGCUGGACGAGAACGACAACGCGCCGGCGCUGCUGCCGCCGCCCGCGGGCUCGGCGGCCGAGGCGGGCGGCGCGGCGGCCGAGGCGGCGGCGGCGGGCUGGGGCUCGGGCACGCUGUGGGCGUGGGCGGCGUGGGGGGCGCCGGCGGGCCAGGUGGUGGCCAAGAUCCGCGCCGUGGACGCCGACUCGGGCUACAACGCGUGGCUGCGCUACGAGCUGCGGGAGGCGCGGCCCAAGGGCCCGUUCCGCGUGGGGCUCUACAGCGGCGAGGUGAGCACGGCGCGGCCGCUGGACGAGGCGGACGGCGCUCGCCACACGCUGCUCAUCGUGGUGCGCGACCACGGCGAGCCGGCGCGCUCGGCCACGGCCACGCUCAGCGUGUCGCUGCUGGAGGCGGCCGAGGCGGCGCUGGCCGCGGCCGCGGGGUCGUCGUCGUCGUCGUCGUCGUCGUGGCGGGCGGCGCCGGGCGCCGAGACGGGGCCCAGCGGAGCGAGUGCGGCCACCAACGUGUGGCUGGUGGUGGCCAUCUGCGCCGUGUCGAGCCUGUUCCUGCUGGCCGUGGUGCUGUACGGGGCGGCGCGCUGGGCGCCGCGGGCGGCCGUGCUGUCGGCGCCCGGGCCCACCACGCUGGUGUGCGCCAGCGAAGUGGGCAGCUGGUCGUACUCGCAGCGCCACAGCCGCAGCCUGUGCGUGGCGGACGGCGCGGCCAAGAGCGACCUCAUGGUUUUCAGCCCCAACUUCCCUCCGCCGCCGCCCGGCGCCGCGCCCAAGGACCCGCAGCCGGAGCCCUUCGCUCUCCUCCACACGGUCAGUGCCGAUCCCUUGCUCGCCUUUUCUCUUUCUCUCCCCACUCUGCCGAGUGUCCCCCGCCCCCUCUGCAGUUCCUGCUCUUACCGUGGCUCCGCCCCCGCGGCCUGAGGGCAGCGUAAUUUU